AUGGCAGCCAAUACGCUCAACAACAUCUACCGGUAUGCCGUCCCCACGGCGGUAGCUAUGUCUUUCGCCUCAGCAUCAAUGUACGAUGUCAAGGGCGGCACCCGCGCCGUCAUCUUCGAUCGUCUACAGGGUGUAAAGGACGUGAUCUCUAACGAAGGCACACACUUCCUCGUCCCAUGGCUCCAGAAAGCCAUCACAUUCGAUGUCCGGACAAAGCCUCGAAACAUCAGCACAACGACUGGCAGCAAAGACUUGCAAAUGGUCAGCUUGACGCUGAGAGUCCUCCAUAGACCAGAUGUGGAACAAUUACCAAAGAUCUACCAGAAUCUUGGUACCGACUAUGACGAGAGGGUAUUGCCAUCAAUCGGAAACGAAGUCCUGAAGGCCAUUGUCGCCCAAUUCGAUGCUGCUGAGCUCAUCACCCAGCGAGCAGCUGUUUCGACGCGCAUUAAGACCGAGCUUACGAAGCGAGCGACUGAGUUCAACAUUGCGCUUGAGGAUGUCAGCAUCACCCACAUGACCUUUGGUCGCGAAUUCACCAAGGCAGUCGAGGAGAAGCAGAUUGCACAGCAGGAGGCGGAACGUGCCCGGUUCAUUGUGGAGAAGGCAGAGCAAGAGCGACAAGCGAACGUUAUUCGCGCUGAGGGCGAAUCCGAGGCUGCCGAUGUCAUCUCGAAGGCCAUGGCCAAGAGCGGUGACGGUCUCAUCCAGAUCCGAAGAUUGGAGACUAUGCGCGACGUCGCCGAGAAGCUCGCAGGCAACCCCAACGUCUCAUAUCUGCCCGGAGGCAACGACGCCUCAGGUGGUGGCAAGUUUCUCCUUGGUCUCCGGGGGUAG